UUUCUCAUCAAGCUCCUUCAAAAACCCUAAGAAAAAAAAUGCGGCAGCAGCUAGGGAACCAUGAAAUCCAACAGCUGGCUGAGACAGCCAGAAAUCUCAGGUCAUCUUUUCGCCAGUUAUCUUCAAGCUUCAGGAAUGCUACCUCGAACCACGCCAUGUCGUCUUCCUUCAGAGAAAAUAAUGACGACGAGGUCGCGUUGCAGUGGGCGGCAAUUCAGAGAUUGCCGAGUUUUAAGCGUCUAAGAACGUCAUUGUUGGAUCACAGACUUUUAGUUGAUGAUACUAGCAAAGAAGAAGACGAUAUAAAAACCCACAGGAAGAGGAUGUUGGUUGAUGUUACAGAGCUCAGAGCAAUGGAACACCACGUUUUCAUUGAGAAGCUCAUUACCAAGAUCGAGGACGAUAACCUCCGCCUAUUGAAGAAACUGAAAGAAAAAAUAGACAGGGUGGGGUUGCAAUUGUCGACUAUUGAAGUGAGAUUCCAGAAUUUGUCAGUGGAAGCAGACUGUGAAGUAGUUCAAGGAAUGCCCAUUCCUACACUUUGGACAAUAAUCUGA